UAAAAACAUAAAUUCAUGUAUAAAAUAAAGAAAAACUUGGAGGAAAAAGAACUAGCCAUGAAAACUCUGUUCAGUGUGGAAGUAAUACAUCCAUACAUUACAACUUCACCAUCUCUUCAAUGGCAACCUAAAACUUCAAUAUCCAACAAAAUCCCAUCACAAAUCCCCACAAAAACAUGGAGGAUUUAUGCAAAAGCAAAAGGGUUCAAUGGGGAAACCAUACAAAAACAGAAACUUAUGAUGAAAGAAGAAAAUAAGAAGAAGAAAGAAGAAGCAGAUGAUAAAAUAGAAGAUGUGGUGAUGGGAAGAAUUAUAACUAGGAUUUUGUUCAAUGUUGGGGUGCCUUUGGUGACUGGGUUAGGUUUGCUUCAAGUGUUUAGCGUGAUAAAAGAACAAAAUUUAUGGCAAAUCCCACGUUGGUUACCGUUUUUGACGACUUUUAUUACAUUUGGAGCUUCGACACUUGGGAUUGCGUAUGGGACUUUGUCGACUAGUUGGGAUUCUGAAAAGAAAGGUUCAAUUCUUGGGUUUGAAGAAGCUAAGGAGAAUUGGGUUCGGAUGUGGGAAGAAGAUGAUGGUGACAACGUUUGAGGUAUAUCAAGUUUUGUGUUAUACGAUGUAAGUUGUAAUUGUGUUGUUUUGAAUUAUAGCACACCUCGUAUCUAUUAGAUCAUAUGUGAUUUUUUUAAAGAAUCCAAAUAUUUUCGAGGGUUUGUUAGAUCA